UUGUUUAAAUACAAAUAAUGUUACAUUAAAUUUAUGCUGUCAGUUUGUUUGGUAGCUGUUUCUAUGACGACAUGAUGUGGCCAGGUUUAUGUUCUGUGAAGCUCCAUAGGGUGCUGCCUACCGGUCUGGGAAUAGGUGUGUAAAUGCCACAAGUCACUCUGGAGAUCUUGACUGCAUACUGAGGACGUGUUGAGAUAUUUGACUGAGUUACUCCCAUCAUCAAUAUUAAGAUGGAAGAGAUGAACUCAAACACGACAGAAGAAAACAGUUUCAAUAACAGCAAAGGGAACGACAACAGUACAUAUUAUCACCAUGAUUAUUAUUCUAACUGUACUGGCAUAUGUAUUUCCGAAAUCUUAAAUUUGCUAAGUCGGAUCACCAUUGGCAUUGGAUUUGUUUUAAUUCUUAUAGUGAUGAUUGCAGUAUUUUUACAGGUGAGAAAGGGUCAGGAUGCUCCAGUCUAUGUCAUCAACCUCCUCGUCUCUGAUAUCAUUCAGCUCUGCUGCAGAAUUCCACUAGAUUUUACUAGACUCAGUGAAGAUGAUGCCAAAUACAAUAUUAUUGUAGAUUUUGGUGUGAUGGUCAGUGUUGGAUUUAUUGUGUGUAUCUCCUGUGAAAGGUAUCUGGUCAUUGCCAAACCUCUGUGGUACAGAUUCAGGAGAAACAUCAAGACAUAUGUGGUGGUCUGCAUUGUGGUCUGGAUACUUCCACUUUUGUAUCCAGUACUCAGCUAUGGGAUUGAGGAGUAUACGAUGGCUGACAUCUUCUUCAUAAUUGUUCUCCUCCUGCCUUUUCCCUUCUUCAUCUUCUUCCUGGUUGGGACUAUCAAAGCUCUGUCUGGAGCGCGCGGUGUCCCAGCAGUUGAAAAACGACGAAUAGUAGCCAUUCAGGUUUCUGUGCUGAUUAUUUACACUCUGCUUUAUCUGCCCACCAUUAUUUUGCUCUUUGCUCAGUAUGGAGUAUUGGAUAGCGACAUGCACAUUCCUAUCUAUAUAAUGGCUUUAAUAUGUUUUUUUUUUAGUCCUCUUGCAGACACAACUUUGUAUUUGUUGAGUCGGAAAACCAUCCUGGAUAAGUUUCUGGCUUCAAUCUGUUUUUGUAAAAUAUCUACCAUUCUGGAGACGAUCAGCACAGAUCAUGAAAGCAGGUCUGAAACAAAUACUGAGGCUGUUUAGGUUUUAAUAUUUGUUAUGAUGCAAAAUAGCAUCCAGAGUUCAUUUGCUGGCACUGAUAAUCAUAUUUCCUGGUGAGUGAACUGAAGAUGUAGGCAGAAUUUGAGACAGAAUUAAGAGUUUUUGUGAAAAUUAAUACAAAUCUCAGAAAAAGAAAGAAUUAACUAAGAUGGAAACAUCUUUUUUUAUUUCAUUCACUCAAAAAUAAAGUGAUCAUCGUGACCCAGACGCAUGUAGGAGACAUAUUCUAUGUGAAUGGGAAUGAGAUGGUUAAGGAGAAGUACUGCUGACCUGAAAUUUGUGUUUUCAUGUAUUUUUGCUUUAAUGUAUUUGUGGCAAUGGUCCUUUUUGGAUUUGCCGUUACUAUUGUUGUGCUGCAGUUUUGCUCCUGCUUCCCAGACAAAUUUCUCCUAUGGGAGACUAAUAAAUGAUUUGAUCUCAUGAAUAGUUCACGUGAGAACAAAAGAAAUCAUGAAUGAAAAGUAACUGAAAGAAGUAUUAACUUAUAUCUGCCUCCUAUUCACAUAAAAAUUAGCUAUUCAGCUCAAAAGACUAUUGCAUAUUAAAAUACACACAUGCACAGACACUCAAAAAUAACAAAUAAGUCUGUUAGUUAAUUCCCUUUUCUCAGGAAUAAUAAAAACAGAACAGUAAUGUGCCAGUAAGGUGCAUUGGAUUUGUCAAGACAAAAUGGAAAAACCUCAGGGAUGGACGAUUGGAUGGACGGAGGGACAGAUGGUCUGUCUGUCUCUUCCAAUCUGACUUUUUGACCAAGAACAAGCUGCACCACUCUGGAGUUUGAGCAAAGCUCAAGAGGCACAAACUUCUGUUAAAAAAUAACCGGAUUAUGUCUGUAGGAAAGAGGAAGCUGUAUCCACUAUGAGGAACAUCAAUAACUAGUCACAAAACAGACACAGAAGAGUAAAGGCUUGAGAAAGACCUGGAAAACUAUUUUUUAUAAAAGAAACUGAGAAAAGCAUCUUUCAAAUUUGAAUGUUUAAGAUUAACAGAAAAAAACUGGA